GGACAUUCAAACACAACAGAGUUCACAGUUCGUUUUGCUCGGGAGAGAGCUGGAAACACAUGUCCAUCAGUCUUUUCUGACUCUUUUUCUUCAGACUCUCUCACUGCAACAUUGUCAAUAUGUCUCUCAGUUUUGUCUGGACUUACAGUGAUGCUGAGUCCAGAGGGACUUGUCUAUCUGUCUUUACAUUUUUUAUUAGCAACAUUUGGUGGUAUUUUGUCUCCACAGGAGAGGAACCAAGCGGCAGACCUGCAGGAGGAAGGUGGUUGAGGAAACAGUUCCAAAAGUUAUUUAGAGGCAACAGAGCUCAAGCAGGUCCAAACACCAUCUCUGUAACUGAUGGACACCUCUCACCUGGCGAUAAGGAACCCCAAAAUGUGAUAUUCACAUUUGAGGAACUCCUUGAGGCAAACCAUUUGUCUGAGGCCAGCCAGCUGCUGAUAGGGAGAGAGGAGCGUCUGUUUGGGGAGAUAACAGAAGCAGAGGCACUUAAACAUCAGGAGGAAGAAGUAGACAGGUUUGAUGCAGACCGCAGAGCCCUGAAGGACCUCGUAGUGCAGAUUCUGAAACAGUCUCUCAGCACAGAAGUCAACGUUGAGGCUCUAACAUCUGCUGUGAAGGCCGUCUGGCAGGAGGAGGAGCAGGACAAGCAGUGGAAGCAGAGAGAUGGGACACCGCCGGCCUGGAGGCCCAGCGGCUGGAAGAAGCUCCACGAUUCAACGCUCUGCAGCUUGGUGGAGGAGCGCAUGGACAACACCUCCUCCAGCCGCCCUGCAGACCAGGUGGAGAAGCCGUCUCUUCAGGUAGACAUCUGCAGCAUGGGCAGGCAGCUGAAGCAGGACCUGCUGUGGGUGGUGGAGGUGGUGAAGAGCUGCUACCCACCGGAGCUGCACAUCUGUAAUUCCUACGCCAGGUGGUACCACCAAACCUUCAGUGCCAGACUCAAAAAGAUUGCAGAGUUUGGUCUAGAUGACAAAGACUGCACUUCCCUCCUGCUCUGGGUGAACGACUAUUAUCCAGAAAUCCUUCGAAAGCCAGAGCUGGCCAGUGAGAUCGAUCACGAAGCGUUGGGAAAGCUGCUGCCUGAAAAGUUACUGGAACCUCUGGAGGAACAGUACCUGAGCAAACAACAGAGUGAGCUGACGACUUGCAUCGACCACGUCCUGGAGGAAGCAAAGCAAAAGUGGGAUGACGGAGAGGAGCCGUCAAGAAAGGACGGCUGCUUUGUCAGUCCUGUGGCCUACGAUCUCAUUCCGCCCAUCAAUGGUAUUGUGACUACAACUGUAAAAGUUGUGGGAGACCAAAGCAAGGCCCAGGAUUUAACGUACCAACUGAAAGAUUUACUACAAAGGUUCAGGAUCUUCCAAGACGACAUCAUGAAGCGAAGCAAACCGAACAGCAAGCCGUUCAUCAAGGCCAUACUCAGCUGUAUUGAACAUUUCAGGGACUUCCUCAUUAAGAAGAGUGAUCUGUUCCCAGAGGAUGUUCGGGAAAGCUGUUUGUCUGUUCUGAUGGACAUGAAACAAUCUGCUCACAUGUAUUUACUAAGCCCUGUACAUGAGGUCCUCAAGCCACUGUACCGCAAGCUGGGAACCAGUGACUGGUUGAAUAACUCAUUCACGUUUGAGAAUCUGCUGGUCAGCAUUGAACAACAGAUUCAGGAUCUUCAAGGUGCAGCUGAAUCAUGUCACCAGGAUCUGAUGGGCCAGCUUCACCAGGAAGUGACAGCAGAAUAUGUGAAGAGGCUCCUGAGAGGGGAAGUCAAACUGAAGGACAAGGAGCGUCAGGAGAAGGCCUACAUGACUGUGAAAGACAACGCGGAGAGUUUGCACAAUUUAUUCGUGAAAAUGGGAUCAAAGGAGGACUGGUUGAAGGAAAUCCUGAGCAAGAUUGCAGAAGUGCUGAAACUCCAAGACCUCCCUGCCAUACAGAUGCAAGUAGUAUCACUGGGAACUGAUUAUCCUGACCUCAGUGAAAAACACGUUUCGGCUCUGCUCAAGCUCAAGACUAACCUCACCAAAGCCGACAGGAGAACCGUCAAAGUAAUUCUGUCAGACGCUUUGAAAGAAACCAACGUUGUCAAUGCUCGCCCUUUUUUCUCCAGAGUUCUGGUGAAAUGAAACGUUCACUCCAGCGAUACGUUCUCCUCAGCUGGGAACAAAGCGCCCUGUGACCGAGUUGUGCACUUGAGUCCGUCGACAGUUUAGGUUAGCACCUGAUAGCACAGUCGUCGACAGGCUUCUGUGAGAAGCAAGAAGAGGUUUUUGAAUGACAACUGACGCCAUGUCAGCCCAGUAUAUAGGAGGAGGAUCCCAUCACCUCUUGACACAGGCGUUGCUGGUGCCAGCCAAUCAGGCCAAUCAGUGUAAUUCAUGAAUUUAAGUACAAAAAGAAACAAGUAACAACAACAACAACAACAAAUCACCAAAGAAAAAUACAGCAUAUAACACUUAAAAAAUACACAUAUGCAUUGUGAUGAGAAGAUAAAUCAGGAUAAACCUGCAGUGACAGAAGCCCUGAAAUACAGCAUGUGUUUUUCUUUUUACAUAAAAUGUAAAAGAAUUCUUUGAGAAAAAUUUUGGCAAGCAAGAUUUAAAAAGAAAAUUUAGUUUACCUCUCCUGAAAUGACAAAUUUUACUGUUAAGUCCUUAAAAACUGAAAAACAUCCUGAAGCAUCAUGUCAUAUUUCCCUCAACCAUAAAGACUUAAAAAAGAACUUAAUUGUUUAGAAAUGUACAUAAAACUUUAACAACAUAUAAAACCAAUGUAUACGAUGUUUGUGUUGAUCUUUAAGCUAUAGGGACAAAAACACCUAUCACCUAUCCAUGCAUAGCUUAGCUUCGUAGCAAUUCCACUGCGUUGUGAUGAAAAGAUAAAUCAGGAGAUCGGAAGAUAAAAUUACAGUGACAGAAGCACUGAAAUACAGCAUGUGUUUUUCUUUUUACAUAAAAUGUAAAAGGAAACUUUGAAAAAAAUUUUGGCAAGCAAGAUUUAAAAAAGAAAAUCUAGUUUACCUUUCCUGAAAUGACAACAACACUUAAAAGGAAAUCAGUGACACUUAGGCUAACUCAUUGGCAGCCUCUUGUGCACAAUCCUAAUCACAGUUGUGUCAAAGCUCAUAAAAAACCUCUGUCCACCCCGUCUGCUUCUCUUUUAUCUACAUUUCUGUCAAAAGAUCAGAUUGAGGAACUGAAAUCAGUAAAUAACAGACUUGGUUUUAACGGAAUUCAUGUGAUCAGAAAAGUUCAUGAAUAGUCCAGAGGCCUGUACUACGAAGCAGGAUUUGGGGUUAGCGAGUUAACUUCAGGUUUAACUUUCAGUUUUCAGGUUUUCAACGGUGGUUCACGUCUUAACGGGGUACAUCGCCAUUCAUUGACAUUUAGGCUAACUCAUUAGCAGCCUCUUGUGCACAAUCCUAAUCACAGUUGUGUCAAAGCUUAUUAAAUAAACCUCUGUCCACCCUGUCUGCUUCUCUUUUAUCUACAUGUCUG